GUGUGACUGUGAUGCUAGUUGAGGGGCAAGCUCCAGCACCAACCAACGCUCCAAUCCAAAACCACGAAAAUCCAACACCAAAAGGGACUGCGGGGUCAAGAUGGCUUUAAAAGACUGAGGAAAAACAGAGAGGGAGAGGACUGAAUCUGUCACAGUGUGAGGAGCUAAACAGUCCCAAGACGCAGCUACCGCACGGAAAGCUUUCAGUACUCCAGGAUGUCCGUGAAACUGCACGCUCUUUGCCUGCUGCUGGUUCUGUUGUGUCUGAGCUGGGCCGAAGAUCAAACAUGUCUCACAUCUGCCUCCAACUGUGACGAGUGCAUCCAGUCUGGCCCAGAGUGUGCCUGGUGCACCGCCCCUAAAUCUCACAUCCGCUGUCAUACCUUGAAGGAGCUGCGGAGAGCCGGCUGUCGUAAAAGACACAUGUAUAACCCUCAGGGCAGGCUGCAGGUCGUCAUGAACGACAGUAGCAUCAAACCAUCAAUUGCUGUGGCCAUGUUCAUCCAGCCCCAGGAGCUCUCUCUCCGUUUGAGGCCAGGUGUGAGCCACUCCUUCCCUCUCACUUUCACCAUGCCUACAGACCAGCCUGUCACAGAGCUGACCAUGGACACCAGCCAUGUACCAGCAGGACUCAACAUCACAUUUAGUAGCAUCGUGAUAGGAAACCCUCUGGUCGUACAGGUGACUGUUGAGGCUGCUCGGUGUCCCAGUGAGAGUGAUGACUUAACCCAGAAGCAGAACAGGACUGGGCCGUGGUCUGUCCUCAUCACACCCAGAGGCUUUUCACUGAGUGUGAAGAUGGAGAUAACUUUGGAGUGUCAGUGUGACUGCACAAGAAACCGUGAGAAAAAUAGCCCUGGCUGCAGUGGCCUUGGGGAUUUGGUGUGUGGUCAGUGUGAGUGCCAGCAGCCUUAUGCUGGACAACAGUGCCAGAGGGACAGCGAAUCAUUUAUUUCCCCAAAUGAAGACUUCUGUCGCUCUGGGCCGAAGGCCUCUGUGUGCAGCGGCAGGGGGAAAUGCAUGGAGGGAUUCUGUGAGUGUGAGAGUCGAGUAAACCCAAAAGAGAGAUACAGCGGGCAAUACUGCGAGUGCAGCAACUUUGACUGUCCAUACCACAACAGCAGUAUAUGUGGAGGCCGUGGGAAGUGUGAGUGUGGAGAAUGCAUUUGUGAUGACGACUGGACUGGUGAGGACUGUGGCUGCUCCAUGGAAACUGCUUCCUGUAUGGCCAAAAACCAGAAUCUGUGCAGCAAUAAUGGGAUGUGUCAUUGUGGAAAAUGUAUUUGUGAGCCACCAUUCACAGGCCCGACCUGUGAGGACUGCCCUGUUUGUCAGGGCACAUGUAGGCAGCAUGUAGAGUGUGUGGAGUGUCGGGUGUUCGGGACGGGCGCGAUGAAGGACAGGUGUGACCAAGAGUGUGGCUACCUCACUGUGACCCUUGUACAGACAAAAGAUGAAAUGCCUCCACCAGGAGAAUCUAUAGCAUCCUGUAAGAUGAGGAGCAGUGAUGACUAUUGCUUCUUCUACUACACCUUCUCCAGCACGCCCUCUGGAGGAGAGGCGAGUGUGGUGCGGGCUAAGGAAUGUCCCCAUGGGUUGUAGAGGGGAUCAGGAGCGUGUGAUCAAACUGUCCAGUUUUUCCUUAAAUUGAUGUAAUGCCUUGACCAAUGGAGCUCCAUGCAUUGGUUCACUAGAUACUUCCCUGUAAUGUUAUGUUUUAAAUCCUUAAAUGUGUCUUAAUUAUUGUAUGAAAAUAAGUAAAUGUAAUCAUUUUAAACCUUAAAAAUAAUAAGAUGAUCCUUUUAUUUAGAUUUUUUUCAUUAUUUUACCUCAUAUCAGCCUUAGGUAUAAUCUACAAAAGGCUUACUACCUCUGCUUUUUAACAAUGCAGGUGCAAAACCAUAGUCAUAUUGGUUGUGCCAUGGAAUAACUACUGUUAUCAAGGGUUGGAAGUAGAAUUAUAUUGGCAAAAUGUUUCUUAAUCAACAGCCAGGUCAAAAUGAUCUAGAUUUUGUUGAAGGAAAGAAAUCUCUAAUUAUUCACAAACCGUGCGAGCAAAAAAGAGCAUACCUCCAUCCGUAUGAUGAUGCAGUUGUUUCUGGUUGCGAGGCUGGUGCUGUGCUGAAAGCGAAGGUCUCUGGCCUGAAGGCUGAGCUCCUGGCAAAGCUCUGUUUUCUUCUUAUCUGUAGGAGGAAAAAAUGGAAGAUGAGCACAAGGAAAGGGUUGGAAAUGGUGAAGUAAAUUCUGUUUCAUUUUUUUUUUUUUUUGAUAACAGGAAACAUAUAAAGCCCUGAAAAAAAUAGUGCUCUUUUAAUUAUUAUUUUUUGCUAUACGCCGUAUCUAAAAAGAAAUCAUGUCAGUAUUGCAAAAGUUGUCUUAGUCCAGGAGAAGACAGAUAAUGAAUCAUCAGUGUGAAUUACAUACUGAGAUGUUUCUCCUCAAAUAAAAAGACAGGCAAGUUGAUUUAAUUUUCAAUACUUACCAAAUGAUGUGACAUUUCCCUCUUGGUCAAACUUCAUCUAUGACAGACAUAAACAAAAAGCUGACCACCUCUACCAAUCACAGUUACUCUAACAUCAGUUCUAAUGUAUUUUAAUAUUUUAAAUCAGAAUAAGAAUCAGAAUAUCUUUAUCAUCAUUAUACAAUUGAUAACAACAUUUUGUUGGCAUUUUUCACUGCAGCAGUACAAAUAGACUCAAAUAUAUAAAUCAGUGAUAAAAUCAGAGGUAGCAGCAAAAACAAUGCACUGCAAUCAUUUAAUUAAAUGCCAAUAUAUGUAUUUACACUAAAACAUUUAAAUAUAAAAGUCAACAAAAAUUAGGAAAAUAACUGUAUGUCAUAAAUAAAGGAUUAAAAGUAAGCAAAGAUGUCAAAGUAAUAAAAACCAUAAAUAUGUAUGAUGGCAGAUAAGGGAUGUUUAUUAAAACCUGGGAAAUCUGGGAUAUAUCAAUUUUAAAAAGACUGCUGUAAAAUCAAACACAGUUUCUCCAAAACCAUAUUGCCUCUUACCACUACAAAGCUGGAGGCACACUGGAAACGUCUGUCCCUCCGUGGCGGAUGAAGGACACUGUUCACAGGAAAUACAAACCUAAUUUACUAGAAAUAUACACUGGUGUCCAUUUCAAGGUGCAAGCAUUUGGAAAAAAUGUACAUUUACAAUAGAGUUGCUACAAAAAUUGGGAAAUGAAUUGCAAAAAAAAAAACAAUCCUUGAGGGAAAUAAAUCCCACCUUUAAAAUUCACCAUCACCCUGUCAAGUCAAUUUGAAUUUGAAUAAAAAUGUAAACUUUG